AUGAAAUAUAAUAAUUUAUUUCAACACAAUCAACAUUAUCAACCAGAGUCACAACAACAGCAACAUGUACAACACCAACAACAACAUUCACAACAUGAAUUAUUAUAUCAUCAUCCAAAACAAAAAAAAAUUAUAACUUCUAGAAUAAGUGAUGUUUAUGGUUAUAAAUAUUACCAUAAUAACAAUAAUAAUAAUAAUUAUUAUGAAAAUAAUAAACAAACAACAACUGCAACUCCAACAGUUCCGCAAUUAACAACAGCAACCAAAUCUAAAACAAAAUUAAUCACGGUAUCACCAAAAACUUCAUCAACAACAAAAUCAUCAAUAUUACAUACAGGUGUAUUAUUUUCAAAAUCAACAAUUACACCAACAAUAAAAACAUCAUCUACUAAGCAAAUAUUACCGUCAACAAUAAGUAUAAAUAAUAUAGUAACUCAAAAACCAACGAUUCAUUCAUUCAUUCUACCAAAAUCAACAAGAAUAACAUCAAUAAUACCAUUAGAGUACAAGAAACAAUCAGGAGUAAUAACAACCAAGAAUCCAAUUAAUAUAAUACCAUAUAUUACUACAGAUAAACAACAACAUAAAAUACGUAAUUAUACACCAAGAUUGAAUAUAUUAAGAAACAAAAUACCCAUUCAGAGUUAUUAUCAACAUAAUGUACAAAAUUAUGAUGAGGAAUCAUUAAAUAGCAUGAGACCACCACCAUUAUUAUUAAAUCAGCAAAUAUUAAGAAAAACUGAAAAAGUUAUGGGCUUAAACCCACCACCAUUAUUAAUACCAACAAAACAAAAAUAUUCAUUAUUUAAUAUUUCAUUGAUAAAUAAUAUAAAAAAUAAUGGUUUUAUGUUACCACAACAAAAAUUUUUAUCAUCAACAAUAAACUUGCCAUCUAUUAUUUUAACAACAACUAAAAAACCAAAUUUUAUACCAACAACAACAACAACUAAAACAUAUCUUGUAACAUCACAUACAACGACCAAUGAUAAUAGUAAUGAUAAUAUAUUUUCAACAAGGCUAUAUAUCCCAGAAACUGAUUAUUAUGAUAUAACAGAUACAAAAGAAACAAUUAAUAAUGGCGAUAUUAAUAAUAUUAAUGACGACAAUAUCAAUAAUAAAAAUAGUGAUAAUAGUAAUAAUUAUGAUAUGAUUCCAACAGAAUCAUUAAAAAAUUAUGAUAAAACAAAUUCGUAA